GAUUUCAUUUGUUUUUUCCACUCAGAGGAAAGAAAAAAAGGACUCCUACCUCCCCCACUCUGAAAAGUAAAAAACAAAAACCAAACGCAACAACAUCGUCUUCCUUCUUCUCGGUUUCGGCAACUCUCACGCGACCCGUAGUUCUUCCGUCUCUUCCUUCCCUCACAAGAUCAUACAUACCCAGAGCCCAAGACAGAGAAGAGAAUCAAGAUGCCUGGAGACAGAAAUCUUGGUGUGGCUAUGGACUUCUCGCCGAGCAGCAGGAACGCUCUCAAAUGGGCCAUUGAUAACUUGGUCGAUGAUGGGGACACACUUUACCUCGUCAACGUCAAUUCCAACUCCCUUGACGAGUCUCGUAACAAACUCUGGGCUGAGUCUGGGUGUCCUCUUAUUCCUCUGGAUGAGUUCAAGGAUCCGGAGAUUUUGAAAAACUAUGGUGUUAAAGUAGAUGCUGAAGUUCUAGAUAUGCUUGACACCAUUUCACGACAGAAAAAGGUGAGAGUUGUUUCAAAACUGUAUUGGGGAGGAGAUGCCAGAGAGAAGCUUCUUGAUGCAGUCCAAGAUCUGAAGCUGGACUCUUUGGUCAUGGGAAGCAGGGGACUUGGCACUGUUCAAAGGAUACUGUUGGGGAGUGUGAGCGCUUAUGUGAUGGCCAAUGCUCCAUGCCCUGUGACCAUCGUCAAGGAAAAGCACUGAUGAGGAUUCUGAUGAGUUUUGGCAGAUGGCAAGGAAAAGCAGUUUUAAUAUUAAAUAGAUGUGUUUUUUAAAUGGUUUUUUGAAUGAUUUUAAUAUAAUAUAAUAACAUCAAAAUCAUAAAUAAAUUUUUAAAAAACUGAAAUAGCUUUUUCGAUCCGAACACAUUUCUGCCCGUCGAAUUAUGAAAUAAUCUGGACUUAGCUCUCACACUUUCCAUGGAGGGGUCCAAUUUUAUUAUGCUUUGUAUUUUAAUCCAAUGUUUAUUGUUUGGUUAAUUAAUCAAUGGUGAUCGCUAUGGAUGUAUGUCCGUUAUUAUAA